UCUGGUCAUCAACUUCCCUGAUCUACCUCAACAGCUGUAUAUCUAAACUUGCAGCCCCUCGGUUGUGCGGCAACUCGUAGUGAGUGGAGAAAAGGGGGACUUGAAAGUAGGACAGAGCAGUCUGGCCCCUUUCCUUUCGAACCAGAAGCACAGAUUUGCGACGAGGGGAGAGAAACAGAGGAGAGAUUUUCACAGAAGCUUGCGGCAACCACCGAGGAAACAAACUCCUGGACACAGUAAAGAGUGCCGACAGUGCAGAUCAUCAGAUUUUUUUUUAAUACUCUUUUUUUUUUUACCCUAUCUGGGGACGAUUACUCACUGAGCAGAAGUUCUACCAGCUGGAAGCAUGCACAAGCGCACCAAGAUAAAGAUCACCAUCUUCGUGCUGCUGGUGGGGAUGGCUUGCAUGUUCACGGCAGUGGUGUCGGACCACUGGGCUGUGCUGAGCCCCAAGGUGGAGAGAGUCAAUGAGACCUGCGAGGCAGCCCACUUCGGCCUGUGGAGGCUGUGCAAGAAGCAAAUCUACAUCAGCGCAGAAAAAUACCAGGAGGGGCAUGGCUGUGGACCCAUCAGCAUGCCGGGAGAUGAAAACUGUACGUACUUCAGGCACUUCACUCCAGGGCUCGACGCAGAAAUCUUUGAAUACAAGACACAGAAAGAGUACAACAUCUCGGCUGCAGCCAUCUCCAUCUUCAGUGUAGCCUUCAUGAUCCUGGGAUCUCUGUGUUUGGCCGGGUCAUGCACCGGGAAAGGCAAAGGAAGGGACUACCUCCUCAAGCCUGCUGGCAUGUUUUUCGCAUUUGCCGGCCUCUGCUCCUUCAUCUCAUUGGAGGUGAUGCGUCAGUCGGUCAAACGCAUGAUCGAGAGCCAGGACACCAUCUGGAUCGAGUACUACUACGGCUGGUCCUUCGCUUGCGCCUGCACCGGCUUCACCCUCCUCUUCCUCUGCGGCUUUGCGCUCCUCAUCCUCUCCAUGCCCCAGAUGCCCAGGAAUCCGUGGGAGACGUGCAUGGACGCCGAGCCGGAGCAGGUGGAGUGAGAGUCGGGCGGAUGACGGAAGAGUUUGACUUUGUUUUUGAUGUUGAGUCCAGGAGUUUGCUUCAUUGUAUGUAACAGGAGCUUGUGAGAUGAGGAUGAAGAAAAACUGGUGCUGAUAUUGGUGAAUCCUUGCCAUGACGGGAAAUCUCCUUUCCUAACAGUAAUGUGCAAAUAUCAGCUUUUUAUAUAAGUUUAGCAUUAGAUGUGUGUAUGUCCAACCAGAGAUAAAAAAUAAAUAAAUAAAUAAAACAAGUUGGAAGGAUCCAGUUCAAAUCUGACCUUCUUAAUAAACAUCCUGAACCACAUGGCAUCUGGAAACAUCUGACAGCACAUUUAUUGUGUUUACCUUUAUCUGUUCAACUCAAACUAACCUGCCGAUUUCUACAAAAACUCCCGACUGUCGGUUACUUAUGUGACUCUGGUCUCACUUGUUGCUGCCAUGUGUCGCUGUCUUUGCAAGACCCUUUGAAAAUAAAACACCCCCGGCAUCGGUUUGACAUCAAGAAAACCUGUUUUUAUUUUCUGCAUAAUGUAUGAUAUCUUGUACAUAGCCUGUGUUCUUGUAUAUUUCUUUUUUUAAAUGUCACCACUUAGAGAAAACUCACUGUCAAUCAAGUCAAAAGAUAUUUUAGGAAGUGCAUCAGGAAUUGUCUCAUUACGUCUGCAAGUUCACAGUGAAAUCUGAGCAAAGCAGCUGCUCAGUGACGGUCUGUGUGUGUGUGACAAGCUGAAUGCUAAACACCCACACAGUCUGCAGCACUGAUCGUGUUGGAAAAGGUUCAGUUCUAACAGGUGCGCAUGCAGGGCCUUUUACUUUUGACGGCUUAACCAAUCGAGCUGAAACCAAAGAAAUGACCCCUGAUAUGACGACUCAUUCGAAACGUGUCAAAUGUGAAUUUUGCAUCGGGACUUGUGAUUGUAUGCAGAAAAAGAAACAUGAAAACUGCAGGCUCUGCUUGCUUAAUGAUCAACGCUUCGAGGAAACUGCAGACAGACAUCAGCGAUGAAACAGUUAAAUUUUGUGUGGAAAAAAUAUGCACAAAUCGUUGGCAUUUUCAAAUUGCUCUCAGUUUUUGCACCACAGAAAAUUUAAAAUAUCAAAGCCGAAAAUAUUUGUCAUCCAAUUGAGAUCGAACUGGACUUUAUGUGGUGCCUGAACUGACAAACCCCCACUCUGAAGCUACUUUAGGUUGAAUAUUUUCUACAGAAUUCACACUUUGAAUGUCAUUAAGUGCUGCAAGUCUCUAACGUUAAUCUGGAGAGAGAAGCAGUGAUGCCCAAAGUUCAGAAAGGUGAGAAAAGCAGCUAUUCCUCAUUUGAUGCAGCCACUUGUGUGACACAUCUCAUUUCCGUUUUAAAACCCCUCUCAAAGCUGCGUUGUAAACUACCAGUGAGACGAUCACAGUAACACGAAAAAAGAAACUAUUUCUUUCUUCCCGUUUUGCUUGAAAUCACCUGUGAAACAUCUGCUUGCUGUGGGUCUCAUGAGUUCACACACUUCACCCUCUUUUUUUUUUGUCCACAAGACCUUUCAGGUUUACAUUUAUUUAUUUUAACUUAAGUGAAAUCAAUUUUGAAAAUGCUAGUUUGACUCAAGGAUUACUUUAAGUGUUACAUUUCUGUCUUUUUCACUAAAUACGGCAUGCAAGCAGGAGUUUUGGAUUGCGGAUUAUGUGCGUUUGAAUUAUGUAUGCUCUAUCUUUGU